AUGCAUCGUCAACAAUGGCCAGCGCGCAAUCCUGUCCAGGUCCAGCCGCAGAACCGCGACCCGACUGCUUCCAUGAUACCUUCGCACAGCAUCCGCCACAGCACCGGCCCUUCACGUUUUAUUAAACCCGCCGAUGCUGUUUCCGUCACUUCGUCGGCCUCAAAAGAAUCAAAUCCCGAUUUCGACAACCGCAGUCAGGAUGCCGACGACAGCAAGUUCUCGACGCCGGCGUCGGGUCCGUCAGCAGGCAUCAACCCAUUUGAUCUUUCUGUCGCCGCACAUUCGGAGCCUCGUCACGUCCUCGUCCGCGUGGAGGGCGACGCCGGUGCGUACCUCGGCAAUGUUACGGGACGGCCAGUCCCUUCCGAGCUUAGUCUGCCCACCGCGAUGGACGGCUCACGAUCGGUCACUAGCGGAGACCAGAUCGAAACUGGCUGGAGCCUUGACUACUAUGGCUUGUCUCGCACUCCACGAGAGUAUGGAAAUGGUAUUGGGUGGCGCUGCCAAGAAUCAGAGGCUGUGGCAGAUGCUCAGGGAAACGGAAACUUUGGAUGGCCUCGAAAGUACGUGUGCUCCAUGUGCUCACUGCAUUGGAAGGCCAUGCCUUUGCCAGCCAAGGUCAUCCGAGGCGAUGUUAGUCAGAGGGACAGAAUUGAUCUAAGAAUUCCCAACCCGCUCGAUACCCGGAGGGACCCAGCAUUCUCCCGGCCUGGCUGCUCAGAGCUGCACUACUACCUCGAUCAUGAAGGACCCGGUAAUGAGCCGUGCGCCCGGGGCCUUUGUCAGACCUGCCGGCCCGUUUCCUUCUUCCCGGAUUCGCAACCGACGACCCACUGUUGCCCACCGCCGGUUGUUGAACCGGGCUACCUCAAAGAGAUUUACAGGUGCAUCAUGGACAACUGCCCGUUCCUGACAGACACACGGCGGGAGAUGAAGGCCCAUCUUCAUUCUCCCCGAAAGAAUGGCCACAAAUCCUAUCUGACGGGGCUAGCCAGCCGUAUCGAGAACGGCCAACCUCUGAGCUCCAUUGACCAGGAAAUUUGCUCGCGGCUGAUGCUCAUGUUCAACGACAGGGACGCCCGCGGGCAAAAGUCCAUUUCUCAGCCCAUCAACACAGUCCUGGGCCCGGAGGAUGUCAGCAGCCCUGCUGUCUUACGAGAGCACACCCAGUGGAUGUCGUACCUCGGGUUACACACUCCUGAGAUGCACCGAAGGGACUUUUUCGACCCGAGGAAUAAUCAGUGGUACUACCGCGAGUACAACCUCGAUGACGACUUCGAGAACGCGUGCGAGAAUAUUCGGAUCUUUUCCUACGCGACGGGACGCCCGGUGAAGGCCUCUGACUUUCUCUGGCGCUGA